AUGGAUGAGUCAUCAUCUUCAUCGGAUUCUGCAUCGGAUGUAGAGCCCACCAAUCCCAGCAUGUGGAUCAUACCUGGGCAGUACAAAUGGGAGGUCCUUCGUAAAAGGACGCAGAAAGCUCAUAUUUCGCAGCGGGUGUGGAAUACAGAGCAUUUAAGGAAAAUUAAGACCAUGUGUGGAAAGCCACAAGGGGGGCCACCUACCGGUGCUAUUCCGCAGGUUGUCGAAGAGUGGAGACCAGAGACACAUACCUUUCACAUGACCCAAGGUGAGAUGAUGAUCACCUUACAAGAUGUGGCAGGCAUAUUGGGCUUGCCGACUGACGGCACUGUCGUCACCGGAUCGACCUCCGAGGAUUGGCACGCAGCUUGUGCUGCUGUUUUUGGACAUGUUCCAGAGGCCGGUGAGUUCCAUCGUUCCAGCGACCUCCGCAUCUCAUUCUUGGAUCAGCAUUAUACUUGGUGGACUGAUCAGGAGGGGAAUCACGAUGCCGAGAUCUACUUCACAAAAGCCCACAUUGCCCGAAUGUUGGGGACUUGGUUGCUAGCGGACAAGUCUAGAGAUGCCCGUCGAACUGACAUGGGUGGUUGCCAUAUUCUCCUUCAAAUUUGGGCAUGGAUACAAUUCCCACCCAUUGCUCUACCCCUUCCUCCUCAUCCAGAGCCGGGCACACAUUAUGGUUGCCGGUUUAAUACUGUAGAAAAGUUUAAACCUCAUGAGGUCACCCAUUAUCGGGCAACAUUGGACACACUGUGUAGAGAUGAGGUGGUGUGGCAGCCAUAUAUUGAAUAUGAGUGGCUUGACGUGACUCUAGAGCAGCAGUACCUGUGGCUUGCUGCCAAACCUAUUAUCUACUUCCACACAGUAGAGGCAUGUCAACCGGAUAGGUGCAUGCGACAGUUCGAUCUUGAUCAACCCAUCCCGGAUAAAUCUAGGAAGUUGAGAGGGAUACAUGAUCAUACUCUACGGGGGAAGGUUGAAGAGAACUGGAGACGUAAGCUGAGGCCUCACAUUGAUCGAUGGAAUACCAAGGUUCAGCAUAUUGUACUGCCACCUCCAUUAUAUGGUUUGAUGUCACCUAAUCAUGCGUAG